AUGUCAAAGGUUAAAGUAAAGGGAGAAGCAAACAAUGUUCCUGCCAAUAAGCAAGUACAUGUAGACGGAGCAAUGGACAAAGUGAAACAUCUUACAGGCGAUGAAGUAAGAAAUUUAAAGAAGGAUGCACACACCCAUGCGCAAGCAAAGCAGAAAGUCACUGGAGGAUCCUCGAAACUGACCAAGGCUCAAAAGAAGCAAGUAAGGCAGUUGAAUCGCAACCGUACAAAGCUAACAGAUCACAACAUUCACGGGUUAAUAGAGGAUCGCCAAGGACAGAUUGCAGUCGAUUUGAAACCAGAAAGCAACACUGGAAGGUAUGCUGAAAGAAUUAUAAUGAAGGAUCCGAAACAAAACUAUACACUGAAUGUGGUCGAGUAUCUUGAUGAUCAUAAGUAUGGGGUAGUAGACCCAGGGCCUGGGCCUUCCUGUGUCCAACGAGCAGCUAACUUUGUUGCAGACCAUCAAGCAGUUUAUGGUGCAGCUGCAGGAGUCUAUCCUGCUGCGGCAGGACCUAAAGGAGUCGCCAAGUUUGAUAUCUUGGUCAUUGGAGCUAGUGCUGGUGGAAUUGCCUGUGCAAACAGAGCUGCUGAACUUGGGAAGAGAGUGGCUAUAGUGGGAACUGGAGACAAGGAGAGCGUAAGUGUGAUGAGAUAA